AGUGUAUGUGCACUGGGGUGAAGCGGCGGGUACACAGCGAGUGAAGAUGGCGAUGAGAGCGGCGGUGCGGUGCCUCUCUGCGGCCAACUUUUCAUCCAGGCUCCCGCAGCUCUCGUCCGCAGCGCAGCUUUCGGCGACUCGGCUGCUGUGGAGGAGCGGCUCUCCGCGGACACUGAGCUCGACCUCGGCCCUGUCCACAGCCCUAAAGUUCACAGACAAGCACGAGUGGGUGCAGGUGGAGGGCGGAAUCGGCACCGUUGGUAUCAGCAGUUACGCUCAGGAAGCGCUAGGUGACGUGGUAUACUGUGGACUCCCUGAAGUUGGCCAAAGACUUGAACAGAUGGAGGAGUUUGGUGCCUUGGAAAGCGUGAAGGCUGCCAGUGAGCUAUACUCGCCGCUGACAGGAGAAGUGACUGAAAUCAACACAGAGCUGGCGGAAAAUCCUGGACUUGUGAACAAAGAUUGCUAUGCACAGGGAUGGCUAAUCAAGAUGACCAUCGAAAAGCCAGAAGAACUCGAAAGCCUCAUGGAUCAAGCCGGAUACGAUAAAUUUAUUAAGUCACUUGAAGAAUAAAUCCAUAACCUCACUGUGCUGGUUUGUAAUGUGAUUACGAUCAAAGAUUAGUAGGCAGGGUUACUAACACAUCUUCAUAUGUCGUAUUUAUUUUGAUACCGGGGUUUUGCUAUCAAAAUAAUUUUAAAUACUCUGUAACGACUUCUACUUUAGAAGGUUAGGACUUGUUUAGACGCUAGCGCAGCUAAAAGGGCUCUUAAUCUCAAGAUCUGUCAGUAUGACUGCGUCGUCUUUUAAAUACGAGCAGAUGUGGUGAAAAGACUGGAAAGGGCUGUGUCAGAUUCAUUUAAUAAAAUGUGGUCUUUAA